GUUAGCAACCACGCAGAACGGCCAAAGAGCAUUUGGGUGUGCGAAAGGAAGACGUUAACGCCACCAUCAACGCGAACAUUUUUAUACAUUCGAGUGGCGUAUUACUUACCUUAGAAACACCGACAACGUUAAUCGUCAAGCAGCUGUCUGGUGAGCAAUGCCGCCGGCCCCAAGCUGCGACUGCCCCCACCUGGACUGUGUGGGGGAGAUCACCAAAGAGGAACUCAUCCACAAAUCACAUGGCCAGUGUCAAGACUGCAAAGUUGGAGGACCAAAUUUGUGGGCUUGUUUGGAGAAUGGGUGUGCGUACGUCGGCUGCGGAGAAUCCCACGCGGAUCACAGCACGGGACACUCGCAGGAGAUGGGCCACAACCUGACAGUGAACCUGACCACGCUGCGAGUGUGGUGUUACGCCUGCGGCAAGGAGGUCUUCCUAGACCGUAAAAUAGUUCCUCAGCCCCCGCAGUCCAACACUAAGCCCCUCGCCUCCUCUCUCCAGGGUAACAUCAGAGCCUCGCCUGUGAGCCCUCCCUCUCUCCGUGUGACCCCCAUCGGCGUCUGCGAAGACCUGGACAUGGAGACCGAGGAAGAGGACGACAUGCGCGCUCGAGGCUUGACUGGACUGAAGAACAUCGGCAACACGUGCUACAUGAACGCUGCCCUCCAGGCCCUGUCUAACUGCCCGCCCUUGACACAGUUCUUUAUUGAGUGCGGCGGCCUGGUGAGAACGGACAAGAAGCCAGCACUCUGCAAGAGCUACCAGAAACUCGUAUGCGACCUGUGGCACAAGAACAGACCCUCCUACGUGGUCCCAACUAAUCUGUUCCAGGGAAUCAAAGCCAUAAAUCCAAUGUUCAGAGGAUAUUCUCAACAGGACUCGCAGGAGUUCCUGCGCUGCCUGAUGGACCAGCUGCACGAAGAGCUGAAGGAGACACUGCCCGAGCCUUGCGAGCCAUCCGGUGACGUCAUGGUAGAAGACGGCCCGCCCAAGGAAGAUAACCAUAACCAGUCAGAUAACGACUUCCAGUCGUGCGAGUCAUGCGGAUGCAGCGAUCGUGCCGAAAACGAAGCGCAGCACACCGUCGCACCCGCCGUCAUCGUUGGCGCCGACAACGAGACCGAGAUGCUUAUUCCGGAGCAGGAUGACAUCCAAGCCAACAGGGAGUGGCAGAAGGAAAAGAACAUGAUCAAUGACCUCUACCGUGCUGGGGAUAACACGGCAGCGGACAUGGACAAAGAUGUGGACACCGCUACAGAGACUACGCCCAUCAUCAGCAGUCAGGGACACAUUAAGACACAAAGCAGGACAUCAGAGUCCUUUCCAGACGUCCAAAUGUCCAACAUCACAAGACCACAAAGUCCAGUUCCUAUGGAGGGCCACAAAAUGUCCAGCAGCCCACCCAAAGCUUCCUCUGUGUGGCCCAGCCUCAACACUGCACACAAAAAAGCGAUGAGCACAUUCUCCCCAGCCAAGAGCAAGUGUCAGAAGAGGUACCGUAGCGUUAUCUCCGACGUGUUCGACGGGACCAUUGUGAGCUCCGUGCAGUGCCUUACUUGUGAUCGGGUGUCGGUCACGCUAGAGAACUUCCAGGACAUCUCCUUGCCCAUCCCGGGGAAGGAAGACCUGGCCAAGUUGCACUCCGCCACCCACCAGACAUCCCUGGUUAAAGCUGGCUCCUGUGGGGAAGCGUAUGCGCCGCAAGGCUGGAUUGCAUUUGUCAUGGAAUACAUAAAGAGCUGGUUCUGGGGUCCUGUGGUCACGCUACAAGAUUGUCUUGCAGCCUUUUUUGCCAGGGAUGAGCUCAAAGGGGACAACAUGUACAGCUGUGAAAAAUGCAAGAAGUUACGAAAUGGAGUGAAAUUUUGCAAAAUGCAAAGUUUGCCAGAGAUUCUGUGUAUCCACCUGAAGCGCUUCAGGCACGAGCUGAUGUUCUCCACCAAGAUUGGCACACACGUCUCCUUCCCGCUGGAGGGCCUGGACUUACAGCCCUUCCUAGCCAAGGACAGCUCCGCGCAGACUGCCAACUACGACCUGCUGUCGGUCAUCUGCCACCAUGGCACCGCUAGCAGUGGCCACUACAUUGCCUACUGCAGGAACGACCUGAACAAUCUUUGGUAUGAGUUUGAUGACCAAAGCGUGACUGAGGUGUCCGAUUCUUGCGUCCAGAAUGCUGAGGCUUAUGUGCUCUUCUACAAGAAAAGCAAUGAGGAUUCUUUGAAGGAGCGCAGAAGGGUGUCAGGUUUGCUCAACAUGAUGGAGCCCAGCCUUCUACAGUUCUACAUCUCCCGCCAAUGGCUCAACAAGUUCAAGACCUUUGCCGAGCCCGGGCCAAUCUCGAACGACGACUUCCUGUGCUCGCAUGGAGGUGUGCCACCCAACAAAGCCGCCUACUUCAACGACCUGGCCAUAGUACUACCGCAGAACGUGUGGGAUCAUCUGUACAGCAGGUACGGUGGAGGACCAGCCGUCAAUCACCUGUACGUUUGCAACACGUGCCAGAUUGAGGUUGAGAAGCUCGAGAAGCGACGGAAGUCGGAGCUGGACAUGUUUAUGCGGCUGAACAAGGCCUUCCAGGAUGAGGAGUCUCCGGUGGUCAUAUACUGCAUCAGCAUGCAGUGGUUCCGCGAGUGGGAGGGCUUUGUCAAAGGCAAAGACAAUGAUCCACCGGGACCCAUUGAUAAUUCCAAGAUGGCAGUGAACAAGAGCGGCCAUUUAACGCUUAAACAAGGGGCCGACUCGGGCCAGAUCUCAGAGGAAACAUGGAACUUCCUGCACGCCAUCUACAGCGGCGGGCCGGUUGUGACAUUGCGGCCCAAUGUGGUCGCCGGUCACCAGGAAGGGGAUGCCUCCCACCAGUCAGAGGAAAAGAUCGAGGUGGAGACGCGCUCACUUUAAAGAAAAACAACCCCCCCAAAAAAAAGACGAGUGAACGUUUUGUUUUUUUUUUAAAUACAAACGUUUUCAUUUUUCGAUUUCCUUUGAAAUGCAUUCUUGCAAAGAACAAAAAACAAAAAAAAACACGCCAACUUUAACUGCUUCCGCAAUGGCUCGCUCUGAAAAGGGAAUCAAAGCUUUGUCCUGUUGUACAAAUGUGUAUACGUUUCGAUUAGCACUGUAGUCGUCUCAUGUCACAAUUUUAAAUAUCUGCAGCUAAUUAACCACAAAAAAAAUACAUGGAAUGUGAUUUUAUUUUGACCAAAUGAGCACAUGUACCACGUGUUUGUCAUCAAACUUGUACUAUAGCACUACAAUUGACUGACAUCUUAAGGCUAUGAAGGGACUACUUCCAAACGAGUCUCAGGAAUUCAUUGUGCACUGUCAUGUAGCGCAACGCUUCUCAACCAGUUUGUCUUAUUAGUUUCUCAGUAAAUCGUUGAAUGGAUCAAAUUUUCACAUGUUCCACUCAGAUUGGGUGGGCAAGAAACGUUCGCCCAAAUGUGUUGCAUACCUGCUUCUGAUUGGAGCUCAUUGAUGUGAAAUCCCGAGUUGGGUUUUGGCGAGUACAAGCCCUGAAAUUCACCAAAAUGGAGUUCCUGUUUAAUUCCUGGCAUCGACAUUCAAUUCUGAACACACGUCCUUGAGAGUAUUUUCUGUGUCCUGUCUUGUGUCCAACCAAUUUCAUGCAGCGGAGUCAAACUUUUCAUGGCGAAUGUCCAAAAUGUUCAUCAUACCUUGCCAUCUGCUGCCCACAUUAAAUGGCAUUGGUUAAAAAUAGGCAUUUGGCGUCACCCAUUUGUCUUAGAUUGCUGCUUGUGAUUUGGGCUCAUUUAGGCAAAUUUUGAGCAGGAGUUUGUGCAAUGCUUCAGACCCAUGGAAUUUGGCCUAAAUGGCUGAUUAAAACGGAAAAGGCUGACUGACAUCUAUUCAAAUUUGGAUGUCAUCAGUCCCGUCAUCAGUCCAGUUAUAACAGACAUUGCUACUCAACUUUGUGACGAUCAAUUUUUUUCCACUUUUCUCAAUGUGCGCUAUUGUUUGGGACGCCUAAAAAAUGAAUUCACCAUACGCUUGCAAGAAUUUGUGCGUUUAACUAAAAUCAAUCCUCAAAAGUGAUCAUCAAACAGAGUACAGGCCCAGGGAUUCACCCAAAAUGGCUGCUUCAAACCAAAAUGGCCGACUUUGUUUGAUUUUGAUUCUGGGUCAUCCUGUUAUGAUAAACGUUUCCCCCCCAACCUGAUGUCAGUGAGCCUCAGCUUAACCACUGAGAACAUUGAACUCUGUUGCGAACCAAAAAAAAAAAAAUAGUACACACCAUAACACAUUCUCUUAUUGACUCAUAUUGUAAAUUGUUUUCCCGGCUUUUUGUUGAACUUUACGUCCACUGGUUGAGAAUCGCUGCCGUGCCGACACGCAAACGGGCAUGCAGAUGUUUGAAUGUAACAGUGAUGUAUGUGGUGAAGAUUCAGCACUUACUUAUUUAUCACAAGACAGGGAGUUUUAAAAAAAAAAAAAAAGGAUGUUAAUAGUUUUGUACAUAUAAAAAAAAAGCAGGAGACGUAAGAAUGCAUGCUAUUAACAUUGCAAAUCUUGCACAACUCCUAACCGUGCCCGGCCCAGCCUUGCCAGACACCACACAGCGCAGUAUCUUAAGUAGUAAUCAGCAGCAUUGUCACUUAAUUGAGGGCAUUAGUUUGCAUUUUGAAUGCUGAAUGAACGUGUUAGCCCAUGGACCAUAGUCAGUAAGCUAUUCAUUUUUUUUUUAUGCCUCGCACAAUAAAAGAAAACAAAGGUAUGAAAACCUGA